CCCGAAGAAGACUUGGGAAACCUUGGAGAUACGAUAUCACAUUACUAGAGCAGAAGAAACGAGAACGUGGUGGUGCGGUGGAGGGAUGAACAAAUUCGUAUGGCGAUCAGGUGCUUUGCUCACCGCUAUAGGAAUAUCAUCAUCUGCAUUCGGUUCUCACGGUCUCAAAUCUUAUUACCCUUCUUUAUCUGAUAAUCAAUUAUCUUCUUGGUCUACAGCUUCGAAUUAUUUGAUUUAUAAUGGAUUAGGAUUAUUGGUUUUAUCUUUACAUCCCAAUUUCACUUCUUCCACCAUUUCCAUCCCAAACACCUCAAUUACCUCUUCGGAAAUAACAAACUCAUCGACGAAAACGCAAACACGAUCCAUACCCUCGUUUCGUAUAGCCGCGAAUAUGAUAUUAUUUGGAUCAUUAACUUUCUCAGGAACUAUUUUCGGAUUAGUUUUGAAUAGAGAAAAGUUGGGUAAGAUAUUAGGACCUUUGACACCUAUAGGAGGAAGUUUGAUGAUUGCUGGGUUACUUUCGUUUCAUUGCCCUUAUAUAAUGCUCAUUGUUUUCUUCUUCUUGUCAUCUCUCAUUCUUGUCUGUCAUAUGACUUUCAUCACUCUCUUUCAUCAUUGUUCUCUUCACAUCUCCGUAGUCUUCUUUUUCCCCUACCGUAUCGUUCUUUUCUCCACGAUGACUCUUGUAUUUAUACAAUUCUGAUCCUCUUCUCCCUCAUAGACCUCGUUCAUUAUACGAUCUUCGUCAUGGGUACUAUACGUUGACUUGUAUCAUGAAAUGGUUUUCAUGAGGAAACGAACCAUGUUUAGAAAUCGACGUCAAGCUUAUACAUAGAUACAUAUUGCUAGCUAUAUAAAAUACAACAUUCACACUUCGCUCCAUUGCUUAAACAUCACUCCUCCAAUCGUAUGUAUGUAAUCUACAUG